CGUGUUACGUUCACAGUUUAUCCUAAUGCCCGGGAAAAGGCGGACCUAUUUCAUGUUGAUUGUUUACAUCCAAGUGUUUUCUAGUUUUAAAGAUUUUAAACAAUUUAUCGUUCUUUUUAAUUUAUUUCCAGUAACAAUUUGACAUUUUUAAAAGUUUGUUCAUAUCAAUGAAGGACCUAAAACAUUAUUUUUCUUCGCCCAAGUGUUCAGAGGACAAAGGUGAAAGUAUAGAAGAGGAGUCGACGAAGAGAAACGCCGAUCCUGCGAAGAAGAAGAGGAAGAAAAAGAGAAAACGCGGUAAUACGGAAUGCAGUGAAGAAGAUCCCGUCGAGGCAGAGGUGGCCAAGGUGAAAAGAAAAAAAGAAUUAACUCCCAAAGUGUCACUGAAGCAGCGCAACUCUGACUCGAGCAAGGAGAACAGCUUGACAGAAGAGGAGCCGCAAAGUCCGAACAAGACUUUGCUAAGCUACUUCAACAAGGUCGACAAAAUCCCUCCGAUGGAGCCCAAGUCUAAUAAGGUCAUCGUCAAAGCGAUGGUGCACCACCCGCCUCCUGACAACGCAGGCAAGUCGGUCAUGAAGACAAAGCUCCGUCUAAGGAAACAGCCUGGAAAACCGGAAUACGAUGUCAUCUCUUCUGAAGAAGACGCGAUGAUUCUUUCAUCGCGUCUUCCUCAAAUCAAAGAAGCCAUCGAUGAUAUCGAGAUAAUAUAUUCUACAGAAGUGGCUGAAAACAAGGAUGAUGUCAUAAUCGUCAGUGAAACACAACCACUGAAUAAUGGGAAGAAAAUGAAAAUAAAGUCAGACGGAACACUCCAGUCUUUCUUCAAAAGAAACAGGUCCCAGCCAUUGAAAGAAUUGUCCGAGAUGAAUACAGAAAGAAAGUCUGCAAUCAGAGAAUUUCUACACAGUACCGUCGCCACAAGACUAAAACCUAAGGAAGUGAUACAAGGGCAUCCGACUCCUUUUCCUAAAAUAUCUCAUGUGACGCAAAAAGACAUGAUGAACAUCAUGUGGAGUCUGAGGACGGUGAAGUUGGAUUUUGUUAAUAGGGUCAAGACCAAAAUCGAAAUUCCGGUAUGGAGCCGAAUCACUGAUCGCAGCCACUGGUCCUGGGAUGAGCCCCAGGUGAAGAGCAUCGUUCAGAAAAAAGCUUUAAAAGCGCUGAAAAAAGAACACAAAAACCUCCCGAUCACGACUUGGUAUCGUGAGCUGAGCCGGCAGAAGAAAAAUGCCGAAGGUGAGAUGUGGACCGAGAAGUACAAGCUCGAGAGAUCAGAUCUAGUCUUAGGAAAUAAAAAGAAUGUCGAGAGACUCAAAUCUUGGUUGCAGUCUUUCAAAGAAAUUGGAAAAUCCAAAGAAAAGGAAAGUGUCGACAGUGGUGAUGAAUUUUUAUCAGACGACGACAAUAAACCAAAUAGUAUUAAAAACAUAGCGAUCAUAUCCGGCCCGUGUGGCACUGGCAAAACAACGGCGGUUUAUGUAUUGGCCAAAGAAAUUGGAUACGAGGUACUAGAAUUGAACGCGUCCUGUAACAGGAAUGGCAAAAAAAUAUUCAAAGAUUUCUCAGAGGCCUUGCAGUCACACAAUGCGAACGUCAUUACUUUUGCUCCUGUUAAAAAGAAAAAAAUCAGCACUGAAAAGAAAAGGUCUUUAAUUUUAAUAGAAGAUGCUGAUCUCAUUUUUAACAAUACCGACGAUGGCUACCUUACGACAGUCAUCAGCCUGGCCAUCAGUUCAAAAAGGCCUGUGAUUUUUAUAACGAAUGAGUACGACUCAAAGCAUCUUGCCAAGCUCAAACCGCACGUCGGGAUGAUGUUGAAAUUCAACUUUAUCAAGGGCGAGGUUCUUGCCGCGUGGCUCAAGACCGUCAGCAUAGCUGAAGGUGUCAGUCUGGAACAGGAUGACGUGGCGAAACUAACGAACAACAAUCCUGACAUCAGGCAGUGCUUGUUGCAAAUCCAGUUUUCCGCUGAUUCGCCCAAGGUAGACUACAGUGAUAAAAUUAAAUUAAACAACACAUGGAAUGUAAUCGGGAAGUGCAAUAUAACAUGUAAAAAUUUAAUACAAGAAACAAAGAGGCUAGUGAAUAUUCUGUGUAAAAGCGAUUGUCUCUCUCAGCCUGUUUUAGAGGAGGCUGGAGAUAUGUUAAUUCCGUCGUUCUCUUAUAGAGAACUUAAAAAUUCAACUUCGUUGAUCCACGACGGAGAAUCUAAAAAUAUUCUAUCAGAAGAAAUUGCAAAUUAUACUUUGGACAUGAUGCAUAGCAUAGCUGGUGCUGAUGAUCCGUACAAGAGCACGAGAACCACAGUAGUUGAGGUGAUGAACACGGCGUCGGACAACCUUUUAACGCCGGCUUCGCAGCUUUCGAAAGGCGCGAUAUGCACAGACUACAUGUCAGCUCUGAGGGCGAUAGCGAGAUCGGAGAAGCGCAGGCUGUCGUCCCAGACGAAAAGGUCGAACCGGUUCAACAACUACAUCAAUUUCCUGGGCCUCGAGAGGAACAACGAGGAAGUUUUGGAGACAAUGUGCGCUGGCCUCAAAUCAGACCAGACAUAGCCGAUUCGGUUCCAAACUAGAUUUUUUUUUUAAUAUGAAAUCAAAUCAACUGAUUGUAUUUUGUAAAUUUUUG